AUGAUGGAGGGUCAACGCAAUCUGAAGCGAAUCGAUGGCUGGUUCUCCAAUACGGAUAUCGCUGGACAGUUGGCGCUGGCGGAGCUUCUGAUGAAAGACGAUAGUGCGUUGGUCGAUUUCCUGAGUAAAGCAUCGCCAAAAGACAGAGAAGCAUACUUGGAGAUACAGAAGAGAGCCCUUCACAACUUAACAGGCGGAAUCAACCCAUCUCAUGGGAAAGGAAG